AUGCCGCGCAAUAUGGAUGACGAGGAAGAUUUUGAGGCUGAGAUCAACACCGUCUCCAAUAGCUCUGAGACUGAUGGAUCCGACGGUGAAGAUUCUGGGAGUGAUUUGGAUCAAGUAAGGACUGUCCUGGCUGUCCCUGGGCCAGACACACAAAUGCACGAUGUUCGAAAGGUCCUCGCAACAGCGCAGCAAGCUUACAAUGCAACACGGUCUGAGCUGCAUGUGCUCAAGAGACAGUAUCUCACUCUUUCAUCUGUGAUCCCUGCUCACAGCCACAACCACGUGCUCAAGAAGACAUCUGCACUGGACUCCAGCAUCACCCGCCAAGGACAGAAGUAUGCCCUGUUCAGUCAUUUCUGGGUCGUGAACGGUCUGUUUCCAACUACUCCUCAACCUGCUAAUGUCGACCUGCAGAGCACUACACGUUGGAGCUCUCCUGAUGCGAAGCUUAAAGGUGCAAUGGGUGAACUGUAUCAGAUCAUACCUAAAGACUUGCACACCUCCAUGGAAACCUAUCCGUGUUUUGGAUCAUUAGUAAUCAGCUCCAAGAGAUCGAACAUUCUGCACAGCAUCAAGGAUUGCGCAGGUGUUAUCUUCUCUGCCUUCAAACUUGACCCCAACAUCUUUGCCGACCAGCCUUCCAAAAAGCAGGACAACACAGAUCUCCUUAUGCUGCUCAAGAGGAAUGGGGAGGGUGAUUACAUCUGUCUCGCACCUGUACUAUUCACAAAUCCUCAUGCUAUGUCAGCCAACAAUUUCCUCAAAUCGUCGGUGCUCGUCAAAAUAAUUCACGUUGAAGUGUAUGGGAAUGCAAUACUCAGUGGGAAGACAAGGGGCCUGCGAAUGGAUGCGCUGAGUGUUACCGAGGGUAUUAUUGCCGGCACUGCUAUAUUGGCACAUUUCUUGUUAACACACGACGCUGAGCUCACUGCGACUGGAGCAGAGAUGAAGAUCAAUUAUCAGAAGGAUUACAACUUCUAUCUGGAAUGCUUCUUCAAAAGCUCUCCAUGGGCAAUUAGCGUGAUGGAGUAUUUCAAUAAGCAAGUGUUCAAUACCAGCGCAGCACUGUCGAGCACACCCACAUCUGUCGUACCUCCUGCCUCCACGCCCCGCACCUGGGAAGAUGACCUAUUGGACGAAUUGGACAAUCAGGGUUUUGGCAGUGUUGAUCCACUCUUCUGUCCAUCCAGCGUUCUUGAAGCAUAA